UACCGACUUAAAGUCGGCGACUUUCCGUUAUAUGACGCUGCGUUACUGGAACAGAGAGUGCGAUUCUACCAUUACGUUAUUCAGUGAUUGAACUAUUUAUAUUAAACUUCCUCUUUCGGGUGUUUAAGACAGUUUAAGAUGCGUGUUGUUGCGUCGUUGCUCAUAAGUAAUUACGCGAAUCUACUUGAUUCACGCCAAAUAUUCCGUGUUAUAACAGUGAUUCACUGAAGUAAAACCGAACACCGUUUUUGUGGUGUUUCGCGUGUGUAAAUUCAUGUUGUAUAGAACUGAUAGCAUUUGAAUCAGUAUGCCCAGAGUAGUGGGAGUAGUGGAUUUAAGUGAAUGACAGUUGUCGAAAGAAGUCAGGUGGUACGUAUUCGUCAACACUGAUUUGUAGAUUUUGCUCCUAGCGUUACAAUUACGAUAAAAUCUAUUUAUUAAUCAUUUUCCGAAUUAGGAAAUAUGUCUGUCAGAUUGCAAUGGCUCGAUCAUGGCUAGGAUGUUUACUCGGCAUUUUAAUACCGUCGGCAGUUUUUUACUUCUAUUUAGUCUUAAAUGUUCCUUCCACUGAAAUCGGUUCAUUGAAAGUUAGCGAGAAAUUGGGUUCAUCGAUAAAGAAAUCAAGUUUACAGGUGGAACAGCCCACUCUAGAAAAGUUUCAUUUAGAAAAUAGCCGUAAAGAGGUAAAAUGCGAGACCGUACACAUUGCAAUGGUAUGCGCCGGAUAUAAUUCAACGCUCGCCCUGGUGACAGUAGUUAAAUCAGUUUUGUUCUAUCGCACUAAACCUUUGCAUUUUCACUUACUCGUCGAUGAAAUUGCAAAGAGGGCUCUGACAACUAUAUUUCGAACAUGGGAUUUACCACAUGUGAAUUUAACUUACUACGAAGCUGAGAGAUGGGUGCCAAAGGUGUCCUGGAUACCGAACAAACAUUACUCCGGCGUUUACGGUCUUCUGAAAUUAAUUCUGCCGGAUGCUAUGCGGGAACGGGAUAAAGUGCUUGUAUUCGACACGGAUGUGACCGUGUUGAACGACGUUAGUUUGCUCUGGCGUACGUUCGAGAAGUUCGCGAACGAUCAGGCGCUGGGCUUGACGGAGAAUCAGAGCCAUUGGUACAUAAAGGCAUUGUCUUACGGUCAACAGCCAUGGCCGGCACUCGGUCGUGGCUUUAACACCGGCGUGAUGCUAAUGCACUUGCAACAACUCCGUGACAGAAAAUUUAUGAGUCUGUGGGAGGCUGUUACCAAGCGUGUGCUGGUCCACAUACCGGAAACUAGUUUAGCCGAUCAGGAUAUAAUAAACGCAGUCAUCAAAGAGCAUCCUUUCAUUAUAUAUAAAAUAGAUUGUACGUGGAACAUUCAGUUGAGCGACCACACAAUCAGCGAUCGAUGUUAUCGCGAAACUAGCCAAAUAAGUAUUGUCCAUUGGAAUUCUCCUCGAAAGCAAGAUGUAUAUAACAAAUAUAUUAAUGAAUUUCGUAAAUUGCACAAAGUAUUCCUCGAAAUGGACGGAAAUUUGUUACGUAGACGCUUAUUUGGUUGUGAUAAACACGAAAUUGUCUCGCAAUACAACGAAUCGAGUUCGUGUCAUGAGUUCACGAGAGGCGCGAGCACGUUGUAUCGCACUCAUCCGUUUGUCCUCGAGUACGAGUACAACGUGUACGCUCCGACUGACGUUGCCUUAGUAACUCAGUGUAGCGUGGAAAGAAUACCGUUACUAGAAGACUUAUCGAAACACUGGUCUGGAACUAUAAGCGUCGCGCUUUAUCUUACCGAUGCCGAGGUACAGAACUUUCUCGAAUUCGUCCGUGGUUCGAUCGAAUUGCGAAAUAGGAGAAACAUCGCGUACCAUGUUGUGUAUAAAGAUGGGGAUCUCUACCCAAUUAAUUAUUUACGCAAUGUCGCGAUGUCGUAUAUAUCGACCGCGUACAUCUUUCAACUGGAUGUUGAUUUUCUGCCGCAGUACGGAUUGCACGGAACUCUUAUGAGUUACAUCGUUAAAUUAAAUAUUAGCGAGUCGGACAAAGUAGCUUUGAUCGUACCGGCGUUUGAAACGGAACGUUAUAGGUUUACCUUUCCCGCUAACAAGGACGAACUUCUAAAGUUCUUAAAACGUGGCGUUUUGUACACUUUCCGAUAUCAUGUUUGGACCCAGGGUCACGCUGCUACGAAUUAUAGUUAUUGGCGGAACACGAUGGAACCGUAUGAGGUUUCCUGGGAACCAGAUUUCGAACCGUACAUCGUGGUCUCAAGACUUGCACCCCGAUACGAUACCCGAUUUAUUGGUUUCGGUUGGAACAAGGUUUCCUACUUGACGCAUCUGACGGUGCUUGGUUACAAGUACAUUGUCUUACCGGAUACGUUCAUUAUCCACCGCCCUCACGCUCCCAGUCUCGACAUCGGGAAGUUCAGAACCGAUUCAAUGUAUAGGAGAUGUUUGAAAAGGUUGAAGGACGAAUUUGUAGAGGAAUUAGUGACGAAGUACGGCGAAGAAGCGUUAUUAAAGCUGAAGAGAGUGACUAAAGAAGAGAGACUAUUAAAGUCUGUUGCAAUUAAAAAUUGAUCCUUUAUAUUUGUAAUGAUGACUGUGAAAAUGCUAUAACUAUUUUGACAAUAAAAGUGCAUUAAAAACAAUAACAACUUA